AUGGCAGAUGAUUUCGCAUUUAGAUUUGGUGGUAUGAUGGACUUUUACUAUGAAGGUUUACAAAAAGAAAAAGAAGAGUUGGAAAAGAAAAAAGAAGAAGAGGAAGCACAAAAAUUAGUUGAAGAACAAUUAAAAGUAGAAGAAGAUGCACGUAAAGAACAGGAAGAGAAAGAAAAAUUAGAAAAAGAAAAACAAUUAGAAAAAGAAAGAUUGCGUAAACUUGAAGAAUCAAAGUAUCCACAAACUCUCAGACUCUAUGUUGGCGGCUUAAAUCAAAAUAUUAAAUUAGAAGAAAUCAAUUAUUUAUUUGUAUCAUUCGUUAAAGAUAUCAAAGUAGAAUCACUAGAAUUUAUAAACGAUAUAGUUUCAAAUCAGUAUAAAGGUUUUGCAUAUAUAAAUUGUUAUUUUCCAUCAUUAGAUUCAUUUCAUAAAGCUGUAAGCAAUUUAAAUAAAACUAAAUGGAAAGGUUCAAAUUUAAUCAUUCAAAAAGCAAAACCAAAUUAUUUAGAUAAAUUAAAAGAACAACAAUUAAAAGAGGAAAAAUUAGAAGAAGAAAAAUUAAAGAAACUAGAAGAGCAACGUCUUUUAGAAGAAGAAGAAUUUGAAAAGAAAAAACAAGAAGAUAUUACAAAAUGGAAGAAAAGAUUAAGAUUAGAAAAAAAAUCAAUGUUUGCAAUGUAUGAAAGAUAUUUAGAAUAUAAAAAAGAACAUCCAGAAUUUGGCAGAGAACCAAAAUCUUCAACUAGACAUCAAAUUUAUGAUAGAGAUUAUCAAUUUUUAAAUAAUUUGUUAGAUAAUGAAGAUACAAAUAAUAGUAAUAAUAAAGAAUCAACUGUUUCAUUUGAUGAUGAAGAAAUGUUAGAAAAUGAAAACUACUCUAAUAACUACAACAAUAACAACUAUAAUAAUUAUAAUAACAAUAACAAUAGUAAUAAUAGUAAUAGCAAUAAUAGUAAUAAUAAGUUUAGUGGUUAUGGUGGCUAUUAUGAAAGUGAUUUUUAUGACAGUUCACAUUUUAAUAAUAAUAAAAAUAACAAUAACAAUAAUAACAAUAACAAUAAUAGUUAUAAUAAUAACAACAACAAUAAUAAUAAUAAUGAUUAUAAUAAUAAUAAUAACUAUAAUAAUAAAAACAACUAUAACAAUAAUGAAGAAAAUUAUAAUCAAGAUGAGUAUUAUGAAGGUGGUGAUGAAGGUUAUUAUGGUGAAGAAGAUGGUAAUAAUUAUAACAAUCAAGAAUAUAAUGAUCAAGGUGAAAAAUAUGAUAAUUUUGAAAAUAGAAAGCCAUAUGAAGAAAAGGUUAUAGAUUAUGAAAUUAAAAAACAAUCAGCAGAAGAAGGUGAAAGAAAAAGACAAGAGGCUUUUAGAAAAAGAAGAAUGGAGCAAGCUAAAGUUACUCAAGUUUCAUAUUCAUACAGUAAAGAAGAUGUCGUUAGAUUUGAUUCUGACGAUGACGAAGAUAAUAGUAAUAAUAAUAAUGACAGUAAAAAUAGUUAUGUUUCAAAUGAUACCAGUAUGGAAAAUAAACCCAAGCUUGUUAAAAGAUCAAUUGUAUGGAAAAAAGUUCAAAGAUAUGAUCCAAAUUUAUUAAAUUGCGAAAGUUUAGAAUAUGUUGAAAAAGAAGAAAGUGAAAGUAGUAGUAGCGAGUCAUCAGAAAGUGAAAAGGAAGAAAGCAACAGUAGCAGUGAAAGCAGUAAUAGUGACAGCAGUAGCAGUGAAAGCGAUAAUGAUAGUGAUAGUGAAAAAGAAAGUGAUAGCAGUAGCAGUGAAAGUGAAAAAGAUGAAAAUGAAACAAUAAUAGAAACUAACCAAAAAGAAAACAGUAGUGAUUCAUCAUCAGAAAGUGAAAAAGAAGAAAAAGAAGAAAAAGAAGAAAAUGAUAGCAAAAUAGAAGCCAAGGAAAGUGAUAAGGAAGAAAAUAGCAGUGAUUCAUCGUCAUCAGAAAGUGAGAGUGAAGAAGAAAGUAAAUCAGAUUCAGAUAGUGACUCUUCAUCAUCAGAAAAUGAAAAUAAAGAAAGUAAAAUGGACAUAGAUAAUGAAGAAAAAGAAAUUAAAUUAGAUAACAGCGGUGACUCUUCAUCAUCAGAUAGUGAUACUGAAAUCAAAGAAAAAGAAAAAAGUGACAGCGAAAAUGAAAAUGAAAAUGAAAAUGAAAAUGAAAAUGAAAAUGAAAAUGAAAAUGAAAAUGAAAAUGAAAAUGAAAAUGAAAAUGAAAAUGAAAGUGAAAGCGAAAGCGAAAGUGAAAAUGAAGGUGAAAGUGAAAACGAAAGUGAAGGUGAAGGUGAUAGCGAAAAUGAAGGUGAAAAAGAAGAAAAUAUAAAAUCCAAAUCACCAAAGAAACAACAGCUUCAAAACCCAAAUGCAACAAAAGUUAAAAAGGAUAGUAUCAAAGUUUCAACAUCAUGGAGAUCAUUAUUUAUAAAACAACAACCAACAACAAUAGAACCAGAAAUAAAAAGUAACGAAAACUCAUUUAAUAUUUUUUCAAUCAUUAAAGAAAACGAUAAAUUAGAAAAAAUUAAUAAUAAAUCCAAUAAUAAACCAGCAACAAAUAAUAAAAUAAAUAAUGUACAACCAACUAAAUUUAGUUUUAAUUUUGGAAAUAGUAGUAACAGUAACAAUAAAAGCAAUUUAAAUAUUUUUGGUAACACUAGUAGUAAUACAACUUCAAGCAAAGAUGACUCAUUCUGGGGUAAUAAUAAUCCCACCAAAAAAAGAAAAAAUAUAGUUCAGCAACAACAAAAGCCAAAUAAAACUAUAAAGUUAUAA